GAACGACUGGUUGGGUUACUCACGACACUGACACAGCUGAGACUCGAAUUCAUUAUCUGAUCACCGACAUCCGUUUACUAUGACUGCUAAUGCCGGUAGCGACAGAUCAACUUCUUCUUCGCGAAGCCUUGGGGAUAACUUAGAACCUGAGCAUGCAAAUGACGCAACCAAGCACGAAAUUAUACGCAUAGUCUCACCACCGCAAGAUGAUUCCCCUUUGCACAGAGCUGGACUACUUCAACCCAGGAGCUACGUUUCCUUUACCUCGGUCACUCCCCACUCUCAAGACGACAUCCGCGCAAGCACCGUCAAGCUUUCCAAUAUGGUCUUCUCUGCCUCCAGGGGCUCACCCUCCCCCAUGAUCCAGAACCUGUCUCCCACCGCAGGGCACAACGCACAUUCGUCCUCUCCCUCGACCCACGGUCGAAAGGAAGCCGAACAACUACAUUUCCCAUCUGAGCUUACGCGAAGGAACAUGCCUUCACGCGAUUCAUUCAUAUUUCCAUCUGGUCAUAAUCUGCUCACACACGUUGGACCAGGGUCCCUCCCCAAUAUUCCGUUAUCCGCAUCUUUUGCACCCUCCUCACAAUAUACAAGAAGGAGCUCACAUUUCUCAGCCCAGGACUCUGAUCUCUCAGCCUCCACUUCCACUUUCGACUCCUCCAAAACUGCCCAUCGUGAUCCGUCGUCUGGCAUGGCAACUCCUCGCGGGAGAGACAUGUCUCAUCGCACUAUUGUACCUCAGGCUUCAGCACUCUCAGUUUUGCUCUCCAGACAUGCUGAUGGAGCACCCUCAAGCUCGCCAAGUCCAACAGUAUUGCAUAAAACUGACAGGCGGCAGUACUUCAAUUCAUUAGCAGACCCAGAGCAGGCUGUUUCCACCGUUAACCAUAAUUCUGCGGAUCGCACCCUUCUGGCAACUAGCAACGUUCGCCCAGAAGUUUUACGUUUUGUUUCUUCUUCGGCCACAGAAAAUACUCCAUUGCUUCCUCCUCCACAUGGCCCUGUGCCUGCUAUUAAUGGUCAUUCCUCAGCGCCCUGGAAGCGCUCAAUGUCAUCAAAACGUUUCUCAAGCCUCGUGCAUGGGUUUAUGGGCGAGACACAUAAGAUUGACCCCCAAGAACUAGUGCGCACCGUGUUGAAAAGCCUACCUGCUGUGCUCUUGGGCACGUUGCUCAAUAUCCUUGAUGGAGUUUCAUGUAAGCCGUUCUGAUGAAUGUCACGUUUGGCGCUUUAUUUCUUGCGAUCUGAUGGUACCUUCAAAACCCUUGGCGGCUAUUGCCUAACCUACUAAUACAUAAUAUGUACUAUAUUUGUAUGCUGUCUGACUCGGGCAUCUUCCUGUUCCCCCUCAUCUCCGAUCAUUAUGGAUCAGCUGCUAACGAUGUCGCUGCAGAUGGAAUGAUCA